AUGGAUGAAUAUCGAGACUCUCAAAGAAAAAGAAUUCAAGGGGCAUUAGAUAUGGGUGAACUUGAAAGCGGUAGGGGCUUACAUCAAGAAUUUGGUCUUACUAGGGCUUGUGAUACUCGUUGGGGAUCCCACUUCAAAUCUUUUAGUAACUUUAUUCUUAUGUUUGGUUCAAUUGUUGAUGUGCUUGAUGAUAUUGUUGUUGAUGCACUUUGUCUAGAUGAAAGUGACAACGCAAUAGGAUUUCUCAGAGCAUGUCAAACAUUUGAUGUUGUGUUCAUAUUGCAUUUGAUGAGAGAUAUUUUAGCAAUCACAGAUGAGCUUAACAAAUGCUUACAAAAAAAGGAGCAAGAUAUCGCAAAUGCCAUGCUACUUGUUCAAGUAGCAAAGAAAAGGUUGCAAAAGUUAAGAGAGGAAGAAUGGGGUUCGCUUAUUGAUAAAGUAUCUAAAUUUUGUAUCAAGCGUGAAAUUUUGGUACCUAAUUUAGAUGAGCCGUACUUUACCCCGUUGAGAUCACGACGUAAACUUGUUGGUUGUACUGUCUCACACCAUUAUUACGUUGAAGUGUUUUGCAAAGUUAUUGAUUGGCAAAUUCAAGAGCUUUCUUAUCAUUUUGACGAAGUAACGACUGAUUUGCUUCAUGGAAUUCAUUGUUUAAAUCCAAUCGAUUCAUUUUCUAGUUUUGAUCUCAGGAAAAUAAUGAGAGUGGCUGAACAUUAUCCUGAUGACUUUGAUGAAUUUAGUAUGGGGGCUCUUGAGAAUCAACUUGCGAGUUACAUUAUUGAUGUUCGUGAUCUUGAUGAAAGGUUCUCCGAUCUAAAAGGACUUUGUGAUCUUUCAAAAGAUUAG